AUGCUGUUAUCGCUUUUCCUUACUGACGUGAUAUGUAACCCAGAAGAAGUCAAUCAUAAUGCAGGACGAGAUAUUAUCAUUAAUAAUUUGCAUUUUAAUGUUGAAAUAAUUUCAGAUUCCGAUGAAGUUACAAUCAAAAAACUGUUAAAUUCACCAACCAAAAAAUACAAAACAGAGGAUUUUAGAGUCGAUAUGCCCGAAGAAGUCGAAAUUGAAUUCAAAAAAUACAAAAUUACAAAAAUCGAUAGAGAAUGCUUUAAAUCUUCAUCAGUAGAAACAAUAAAAUUACCAAAGACAGUACUUUUCAUAGGAGAUUCUUGUUUUUUCAAUUGUCAAAAAUUAGAAUACGUCAAUAUCGCAGAUACUCAAAUCCAAUCAAUUGAACAGUAUACAUUUUGCAACUGCCGAGCUUUAUCCGAUAUUAUCUUACCGAUUUCUUUGAAUUUUUUUAGAAAAUAUUCUUUUUUAAAUUGCUCGUCAUUACAGAUGAUUAAAAGUGAUUCCACGUUUACUGUUGAGGAUGGUGCUUUCCAGAACUGUGAGAUUUUAAGUUCUUUUCCCAUUUUUAACUUAGUUGGACCUUUAGGCAAAUAUUCUUUGAGUAAUACAGGAAUUACAUCAGCCAAUUUACCAAACACGGUCACCUCAAUAUCAGAAGGUUGUUUUAUGAACUGUUCACGCUUGAAAAAAGUUUCAUUUCAGAUAUAUUUUUCAGUAAUUCCGAAAUCUUUUGUUGAAAAUGACAAGAAACUUCAAGAAUUCAUAAUGUUCGGCUUUCCGAAUCAAAUAGAAGAGCGGGCGUUCGCAAAUUCAGGGAUAUUGAACUUCACUUUUGAAAAUAUUCAAAAAAUAGGGCCAUGCGCCUUUUACAAUUGUACAGAUAUAAAGAAAGUUGAUCUAAAACAGUCAAAAGUGACAUUUAUUCCGAAAUAUUCGUUUUCUAACUGUAAAUCAUUGGAAACAGUAGUUCUUAAUGAUAUAACAACAUCAAUAGGUAAAUGGGCUUUUGCUUUUUCGCAGAUUUCUUCAAUAAUUUUCACAAAUAAAAUUUCAAAAAUUCGGAAAUUUGCUUUUUACUCUUCUUCCAUUCAAACAAUUGAAUUUAACAGUUCACAAAGUGUUUCCAUCUCUAAAUUUGCGUUUAGUUGCUGUAAUUCUUUGAUUAGUUGCGAUUUUUCAGAUUCAGUUUCGAAAAUCGGACUUGGAGCUUUCGAAAACUCAACAUUGAUAUCUGUAGUUCUAAGAAAAUCAGUUAAUUCAUUAAAGAAAAAUGUUUUUUACCAAAAUCGAAAUUUAAUUUCAGCUGAUUUAUCGAAAACACAGUUAGAAACACUACCACAAUGCACAUUCUACAAGUGCUUCUCAUUGAUGGAGCUAAAACUCCCUAAAACCAUGAAAAAUUUUGAAGAUCUUUCUUUGGCGUAUACAGAACUACGAAAUAUAACAUUUCAUAAGAAUAUCAAGACAUUUGGGAAACAGAUAUUUAGUAACUGUCGCCAAUUGAAUGAAAUAAACCUUUCUUCAACACAAUUAAAAGAAAUUGGGGAAUCUACGUUCGAAUACAGUUCUGUAACAACAGUAAUUAUUCCUAAGACAAUGACAACCAUAUCAAAGAUGGCUUUUUAUUAUUCUUCAAUUCAAAAUUUAAAAUUAUCACCAAAUAUUAAACAAAUUUGUUAUUUAGCGUUUGGUUUCUGCGAGAAACUGAAUUAUAUCAAUCUAAAUGACACAUCUGUUGUUAAUAUUACUAAAAAGAGCUUCUUUGGAUCGGGAUUAAACGAAAUUAUUCUUCCAGACUGUUGUAAAAGGAUUGAAGGAUCUGCAUUUAAGAGAUCCAAAUUAGUUACUGUUAAACUAAGUAAGAAUAUUGAUCACAUUGGCACGAAAUCUUUUAUGGCAUGUUUAUCUCUUGUUUCAAUCAAUUUGGAAGUGACACAAUGCAAAUAUAUUGCAAGGAAAGCAUUCAAGAAUACGAUUUCCCUCGUAAAUCUUUCUCUUCCGGAAGAAUUUGAAAUUUUAAAUGUUGAAUCUUUCUUCAGAACAGGAGUUCAGUACAUUAAAUUUAAUGAGUCAUUAUCAGAGAUCGGAACUCAAUGCUUUGCAUGCUCCAAAUUACGAGAAAUUGACUUAUCUGAAACAAAAAUCCACAAAAUACCGGACGGAUUGUUCUUUUUAGCCACAGAUUUGUAUCUAGUUAAGCUUCCCUACAAGUUGACGGAGACAGGAACCUAUUCUUUCUUCAUGAAUCCGAUUCAAAAAAUUGUUUUCCCUCCAGGAGUCCAAAAAUUCGCUUCAAACACCAUUAUGUGGUGUCCUUAUCUUAAAGAGAUCGAGAUGAGUAGGAUACAUAACGCAUAUCUCUCGAAAUUCAUUUUUUCCCAUCUUCAUUCUUUAUCCCUUAUAGUUAUGCCGACAACUUAUAUCAAUACCGAUCGCCAGUUCAUUAAUGAUUGUCCCGCAAUAACAGAGAUAGUCUACAACAGCUCUGUUUAUAUGAAUUGGCCAAGAUGUUUCCCAAUUAAGGCAAUUGCAUACGUAAACCGCAAUUAUAAAGGCGAAACAUUCAUGGGAGCAACGCCUAAGAGAAUAAUAAGGAACGUAUCUUCAUUACAUUCCGUUCCUAUGAAAAUAGAAAUUAAUUUUACUCAUAAUUCGAGGCAAUUCAAUACUUGGCGAAUUUCUAAUAACAUCAAGCAGAUCCAAGUUGACGGAAUUUACACGAAUUUGUCAGAAAUUGUAAGAAAUUUGCUGAAUUCAAGUUUUGACGAGCCUCCUCCUUAUAUUGACACGGAUUCUCUUGUUGAGAAUAUUACUGCACUUACUUUUCAUGAUUGUGUUGAUUUUAAUUUAAGAGAAAUUUUAAUUGCUCUUUGUUUAGUAAUUUACGGUAUAAUUGUGCUCGUUGACCGUAAAUGUAUCAGAAGGAGACCAACUUAUUACGUCAAACCUGGUAUUGUUUGGUAA